AUCAAAAUCGACAAGGGACAUAUUGUCCAAAGAAAAAGAAUUUUCGAUGACUUGACAUUCAAUGACAAGCGUCACAAAAUCACCAAGUUCAUAGACGAAAGACGAAAUAUUCCUUCUCUCUCUUUAGGUGAAGUUUGUGAAAGCUAGCCAUCAAGAUGUUGAUGCCAAAAAAGGAUAAAAGGGCUAUCUAUGAAUACCUCUUCAAAGAAGGAGUUAUGGUAGCCAAAAAGGAUUUCCAAGCACCAAAACAUCCCGAAUUGGAAAAUAUCCCAAACUUACAUGUGAUCAAGGCACUUCAAUCCUUGAAAUCCAAAGGAUUCGUUAAGGAACAGUUUGCUUGGAGGCAUUAUUACUGGUAUUUGACAAAUCCUGGUAUAGAUUACUUGAGGACCUUCUUGAACCUACCUCCUGAAAUUGUUCCAUACACCCUUAAGAGACAAACAAGGACAGAAACUGCUAGAGCAAGACCUAACCCCAUUCGAUCUGAAAGUUCUAAGCCUGAUGAUAGGAUGGGAUACAGACGAAUGGAAAGACCAGGUGGUCCUGACAAGAAGGCAGAAGUUGGUGCUGGUUCUGCUGAGAUUGAAUUUAGGCAAGGAUUUGGUAGAGGUAGCAGACAAUAAGUAAUUAAAUUUUACAAAAUAAAAAUUUAAAAAAAAA